AUGUCUUCUCAGUCGACUAACAACGGGGCACCUGAAAUGCAAAAUGACUUCAGCGGUCAUAACCCAGAGCCGAUCGCCAUCGUCGGCAUGGGUUGCCGAUGGCCGGGAGACGUCCAAGAUGCCUCGGGCUUGUGGGAGCUUUUGAAAAACAAGCAGACCGGCUACAGAGAAUUUGGCGAUCACCGCUUCCCCCUUAGCGGUUUCCACCAUCCCAACCCCGAUCGCCCGGGGAGCGUCGCAACUCGCGGAGGUUUCUUGUUGGCGGAGGACCCCCGUCUGUUCGACCCAUCCUUCUUUGGCAUGACACCCUUGGAAGUAGAAACGAUGGACCCCUCUCAGAGGAAGCUCCUCGAAGUUGUAUACGAGGCCUUCGAAAACGCCGGAGAGCCAUGGGAGAGCUUCUCCGGAUCGCGCACCGGCGUCUUCGUCGGUAACUUCAGUACUGAUCACACACUCAUUGCGGGGCGAGACCCUGACCACCCUCGACCUUACGCUAGCACCGGAAGCUCUAUCAGCAUUCUUAGCAACCGCGUCAACUACAUUCUCAACCUUCUUGGUCCCAGUGUUACUCUGGACACUGCUUGCUCAUCUUCUAUGUAUGCGCUCCACCUUGCCGUCACGGCUAUCAGGAGCGGCGACUGCGACUCGGCCAUCGUAGCCGCUUCCAACUGCAUCAUGGAUCCGACCGCGCAGCUCAUGAUGACAAAGCUCGGCGUCUUGUCAGCAACAUCUACUUGCCACACCUUUGACGCUUCGGCGGACGGCUACGCUCGUGGUGAGGGUUUCGCCGCGCUUUACCUGAAAAAGGUAUCGGACGCGGUUAAGGGCGAGUUCCCCAUCCGUGCCGUAGUCAGGGGUACCGCUAUCAACGCCAACGGUCGCACCGGUGGUAUUACCCAUCCCAGCAACGUGGGUCAGGAAGCUGUCAUCCGCCAAGCGUACCAGAACGCCGGAAACCUUCCUCUGGGCGACACAACCUACUUCGAAUGCCACGGCACCGGAACUCCCGUCGGUGACCCGAUCGAAGUCUCUACUAUCAGCGACGUUUUCUCUUCCGAGAAGUCGGCAGACGACCCGCUGUAUCUUGGUUCCAUCAAGACCAACUUGGGCCACACUGAAUCCGCGAGCGCCAUCGCCGGAAUCAUGAAGGUCGUACUCGCGUUAGAGCACGGUGUCAUCCCGCCUAGCGUCAAUGUCAAUAAGCUCAACCCUAAGAUUGAUCUCGAAAAGGCUAAGGCCGUUGUGCUGCGGGAGAUGACCCCGUGGCCCGCUGGCAAGGUCCGCCGUGCUAGCAUCAACUCCUUCGGAUACGGAGGCGCUAACGGCCACUGCAUUAUUGAUCACGUCAACAAUGUCAUCCCCAACUACGUCAAGCCUGGUGUAUAUGCGGCACCUCAAAAGGCCUUGGCUGAUGUGGUCGAAAUUGACGGCCCCAUCGAGACCGCCUCGGUACCACCUCAUUAUCCCCUCGCGGCCGAAGUUAAGGCGGUACGGAAGGCUGACGCCACCACCCGCGACUUGGUGGUGCUCCCAUUCUCAGCCCACAACGAAGCAUCUCUCAAGCUCAACGUCGCUACCUUGGCCGAUACUAUUGACACUCACUCUCUGGCAGAUGUCGCCUACACUCUCUCAACCAAGCGCACUAAGCUGAUGCAGCGAACUUUCAGCAUCGUCAACAAGGAAGACCCAGAGCAGUCUCUUAAGGAGAGCCUUGAGAAGCUCGCAGUCAUCUCGAGUUCUGCCAAGACCGCAAAGCUCGGUUUCGUCUUCACGGGUCAGGGUGCUCAGUGGCCCGCCAUGGGACGAGAACUACGUCAAUAUGCCGUGUUCAGGAAGUCAAUCGAGUACAUGGACUAUGUUCUCGGUGCGCUCCCGGAGAAGCCCUCGUGGAAGAUCGAGGACAUCAUUACUGGUAACUGCGAGCCUGACCGUAUCCAACAUCCCGAGAUCUCUCAGACUGUCUGUACUGCGGUGCAGGUUGCAUUGCUAGAUCUGCUAUCCUCCUGGAACGUGCGCCCCUCCGGUGUUGUCGGUCACUCUUCAGGUGAGAUGGCUGCUACUUAUGCCGCUGGUCGCAUCACGGCUGCCGAGGCCAUUGCCGCUGCGUACUUCCGUGGUCAGGCCGUUGCUAAGAACAAGCGACAGGGUGCUAUGCUUGCUGUCGGCUUAGGACGUGAAGAGGCACAGGAGUACUUGAUUGGGUUAGAGGAGAAGAUCAAGAUUGCUGCCGUUAACUCCCCUAACAGCCUUACCCUCAGUGGUGAUGUUGAAGCGAUUGAGGAGCUUUCUAAGCUUCUGGAACAGGACAGAAAAUUCAACCGUCUACUCCAGACCGGUGGAAACGCUUACCACUCGCACCACAUGCGACCUUUGGGUGAAGACUACGAGAGCAGCCUUUCUAAGGGCCUCGCUCGCGUGGCUGACUUGGGACUUGCUGAUCUCAAGCAGAGAUACCCGGCAACAGCCUGGACGUCGUCUGUCUACCCCGAGAAGGCUGCGGUAGGUAUCGAGGUUAACCCGCGAUACUGGAGAGCCAACCUCGAGUCUCCUGUCAGAUUCUCCGACGCUGUACUGCGCAUGGCUAACUCGGAGUCUAACCCCAUCGACGUCCUUGUCGAAGUUGGUCCGCACCCUGCUCUCAAGGGCCCCGUUGCUCAGAUCCUGAAGAGCGUCGACGAAACCAAGCCUUACUUCUCGACUUUGAAGCGCAAGGAAGACGCUCAGGUUUCUAUGCUUAACCUCGCUGGUACCCUGUUCUGCCUGAACGCCCGUAUCGAUCUCGGCCUUGUUAACUCAGUGGACGAAAUUGAUGCCGUCGAAAACAAGCUGACCCUCGUCCACGGUAGCACAGCCGUAGACUUGCCGCCCUACAAAUAUGCUUACGGACCAAUCCACUAUUACGAGAGCCGAUUCAGCCAGGAACUCCGAUCCCGUAACAUUCAAAGUCACGACCUGGUUGGAUCUAAGCUUCCCGGAAACGCUAAGCUCAGGCCUCAGUGGCGCAACAUCCUACGCCUCAAAGACUUGCCGUGGCUUGGUGACCAUAGGCUUUUGCCUCACCCAGUCUUCCCUGGUGCUGGCUACAUUGCCAUGGCUAUCGAGGUAGCCUCUCGGGCUUACAACGAAUUGCCCGAGCCUUUCCCUAUCACCGGAUUCUCCCUACGCAACGUCUCCAUCAGCAACGCCCUGCGCAUUCCGGAUGAUGACUACGGAGUUGAAGUUCUCAUCAGCUUGGAACUCGUCGAUACGGCCACCGCAAAAGCCCCCGCCUGGACGAGCUUCUCUAUCAGCUCCGUCGUGAAAGACUCGGACCAAUGGACUAAGCACUGCUCCGGUCUCGUCAAGGUUGAAGUUGGCGGUUCCGUAUCCCCAAAGAAGAUGUCUACCGAGAUGGAUGCUAGGGCCGUCAGCACUCGCUCCUGGUACAAGACGUUCAAGGAGAUCGGCCUAGGCUAUGGACCCGCAUUCCAGGGUCUGCGCGAGAUCCAAGCUGAUCCUACUCAAAAGUUAGCUGUGGCCAAGGUCGCUCUUGACACGACAGCCGGUACGAUCAAGGGCGGCGAGUCGAGCUACCCGCUCCACCCCGCUUCCCUUGACGCUAUCUUCCAGCUGGGUCUCAUUGCCUGCCACGGAGGACAGACUAACGUCACUCACACCGCAUAUGUCCCGACUCACAUUGACAAGCUUUACCUGAAGAAUGGUAACACCGAGAACUGGGGAACCGCCAUUGCCGGUGGUGAGCUUAAGGGCUUGCGAGGAGCCUACGCCAAGAUGCAGCUGGUAAACCAGUCUGGCGAGGUCAUCAUGGACUUGCCUCAGCUUCGCUGCAUCAGCUACACCGAGAAGCAAAGCUCUCAAGAGAAUGGCAAGGAGUUCAGCGCCCCCGUGAUGCGCCUCUCCUGGAAGCCUGAUGUUCGCAGCCUCAAGACUUCGCAGGCAGGAAAGCUCUUCCCUCCGCCGCAAGAGAACAUUGACAAGUGCUACCUAUUUGACGUCUUUGACAGGUUGGCUACUCUGAUGGUCGUGGACAUAUUCGAGCGCUACGGUGACAAGGUAGAACUAGCAACCGCGGCCGAAAACCAGCGGGAAUUCAUGAAGUGGGUGGCCAAGCGCAUGAACGACGACAACGACUACGUCAAGGAGGCUAAGCAGCUAUCGAGCGCCGAACGUCAGCAGCUCAUCAGCCAGCUAGUCGAAGAAAACCAGCACUGUUCUGAUGUCCGAAUUGCUAGGGAGCUUUUCAACAACAUUGACGACAUCCUAUAUGAGCGCAGGUCUGGUCUCGACGUCGUUGUUCCCAACGGCAUGCUUACAUCAUUGUACGAGGAAGGUAUUACUAUGACGGGUGCUUACCCGCAAGUCUUGAAGCUAUUCGAGUCUCUUGGUCACAUCGAGCCCAGCCUUAACAUUCUUGAGGUUGGUGCCGGAACUGGUGGUGCUACCCGUAUCAUCAUGAAGGCGCUUGCCAACGACAAUGGUAUCAAGCGCUACAAGGAGUACACUUACACUGAUGUGUCAAGCGGCUUCUUAUCCUCUGCUCGCGAGGCUAUGGCUAAGUACAGGGACAUGAACUUCUCCGUCUUGAACAUCGAGAACGACCCGAUGACUCAGGGAUUCGAAUCCGUAUACGAUGUUGUAAUUGCUUCCGAGUGCUUGCACGCCACAGCUAGCAUCUCUGAGACUCUCACCAACUGCCGCAGACUCCUUAAGCCCGGUGGUAAGCUCAUCGUGAUUGAGAACACCAGGACCAUCAUUGGACACGGUCUAGUGUUGGGUAACCUUACUGGUUACUGGAGCGGUAUCCCCGACGGUCGUGUCGAAAGUCCUUUCUUGACUUUAGACCAGUGGAACUCUGCCCUCAAGGCUGCUGGCUUCUCAGGAACAGACCUUUCCUUAGACGAUUACCCCGCCCCCUACACUACAGCUUCUACUAUCGUAGCUACUGCCGUCGAGACUGACAGCCCUAAGCUUUCCCUCCAGACCACUGAAUCCAACGUGUACCUUCUAUACUCUAAUGAGCAGCCCGAGAUCCUAACCCAGCUUAGUGCUGAGCUAGAGCGUCGCCAGAUUACUUCUGAGAUCCUUCCCAUCUCUCAGAGCGCUUAUCUACCUCCCAACUCGCGCGUCAUCGCUUCUUUGGAAGACGACUUCUUGAUGAUCGAGGCCAAUGAACACCACCUCCAGACGAUUAAGAACAUCGUCCGCAAUGCUUCGAGCACGGUGUCUAUCACUAGCACUGGUAUCGUCAAGGGAACCAACCCCGACGCCGGUGUUGCCGCAGGUCUUCUGCGCACCAUCGGAACGGAGAAUCCGACAUCCAAGUUCUUGUUUGUCGACGUGGACCCCGCUAGCGAUAUCCGAGACCCCAACCUUGCUAAGUCGAUCAUCGACCAGGAGUUCGCGCUCCAGGGCAAGUCUACUGGCGAGAGCGAAGACCACGAGUUCGUGUGGCAGGAUGGCUGCCUCUGGGUAAGCAGAGUCGCGCCAGACACUGCGCUCGGUGAGUUUUACGAGAAGCUAGAUAUGUCGCCGAGUCGCGCCGAGAUGCUGCCCUUUGGCCGCCACGGACCUGUCCGUGCCGCAUUUGAGACUCCCGGUAUCCUGACUUCUCUAUACUUCAAGCCGUACGAGGAGAUGUGGAAGCCUCUUCCCGAGGACUGGAUCCAGGUCAAGGUUGCCGCUGUCGGCCUUAACUGGAAGGAUCUUGCCAUCUCGGCAGGUCGCUUCGAUAUGAACAACUUUUCUUCAGAAUUCUCAGGAGUUGUUGACAAGGUAGGCGCUGACGUCGUCGACUUCCGCCCUGGUGACAAGGUCUACGGUAUGGGUAAGGGUCACUUUGGCAACUACGUGCGCACACCAGCUAGGCACGCCCAGCGAAUGCAGGCGGGAGAUGACUUCGUUGGAGUAGCCACGAUGCCUCUAGUCUACAUGACUGCCAUAUACGCGUUCGAGCACGCUACACAGCUCAAGAAGAAUGAGAAGGUUCUCAUUCAGUCUGCUACCGGUGGUCUAGGUCUUUGCGCUAUCCAGCUAGCCCGCUCCAAGGGAGCCGAGAUCUUUGCUACAGCUGGUACCGCCGACAAGGCUCGCUACCUAACAGAGAAGGCAGGAAUACCCGCGUCGCACAUAUUCUCUUCGCGCGACCCUAAGGAUAUUCCUAGGCUCAUCGAAGCUAGCGGCGGCAAGGGAUUCGACGUAAUCCUCGGCACUUCAACCGGAGACAUGCUACACGAGUCACUCAAGCUUAUCGCACCUCUAGGAAGGUAUGUAGAUGUGGGACGUGUCGACGUACAGAACUCGAUGACCAUGGCUCUGGAGCUUUUCCAGAAGAGUGCCACUUUCUCGUCUUUCGACUUGGGUGUCGUCAUGGAUGCCAGCGCUGAGAUGGCCCGUCUACUUAUGGAAUCUGUUGACAAGCACUACCGCGCCGGACAUAUCGGACCUAUCAACCCUGUCACAUCCUCAGACGUGUCCCAGCUCGACCAAGUCCUCCUCGGCUUCUCCAAGGGCACCCAUAUUGGUAAACUGGUUGUCACCUUCCAGAACCCCGACGCCCUCGUCAAGAUGGUACCGCCUGUCCCUCGUGCCAAGUUCGAUCCCGAGGCGCGAUACAUCAUCACUGGUGGUCUCGGAGGUCUUGGAAGGAGCAUUGUCCGAUGGAUGGUUGAGCGCGGUGCUUGCGACUUUGUCAUCCUUUCUAGGAGCGGAACCCAGUCCAGCGAAGCCCAGGCUCUUGUGGCCCAGCUGGACACUCGCGGUAUCAAGGUGAGCUCGGUGCGAUGCGACGUCAGCAAAGCCGACGAUGUCCGCCGCGUCUUCGUGAAAUACUCUCAAGACAAGACUAUCAAGGGUGUUGUGCACGCUGCCGUUUCCUACCAGGAUUUGUCAUUCGAUAAGCUCAGCACGGAGCAGUGGACUUCAGGUCUCGCCGCCAAGGUUCACGGAACCCGCAACCUACACGAAGCUACCAAGUCGUUGCCUCUUGACUUCUUCGUCAUGACCACCUCUCUAGAAUCCGUCUUGGCUCUUGCUACCCAGAGCGCUUACACAGCUGCCAACAACUUCCAGGAGAUGUUCGCACGACACCGCAGAAGCCAAGGUCUCCCCGCUUCCACUGCUUCAUUCGGUCUUAUUACGGACGUGGGAUUCCUUAGCACGAGCACUACUACUCUUAACCUAAUGGCCCGUAACAAGGCUCUCGGCGUGACUGAACACGAAUUCCUAAAAUACCUCGAGAUUGCCUUCCUCAACAACAAGAUUGACGGAGAGGCCGAGUCUUGGAAUGGCAUUCAAGAAGACCCUCUAUCGGGUUCUACCAUUAUCACCUGCCUUGACCCCCGCGAGAUGGCAGAUAAGAGACUAGAGGAGAUGGCUGCUAACAACGGCAACGUCGGCCCUACUCCCCGCUGGUACAGCGAUGCGCGAGUAGCGCAGGUGAUGCGAGCAUUCGAAGAUGCUCAGAGACAUCAUGACGACGACGGUACGCAGGGCAAGAAGGGUCACGGCAACUCGGCUACUGCAGAGCUCCGACAGAGCUUCGAAGAGGCCAUCGCAAAGGGCCCUGAGGAGCGCAACAAGACUCAAGCCUUGGUCACGUCUGCCGUCGUAGCAACAGUUGCACAAGUCUUAUUUAUCGACGUGUCGGGAGUGGAUGCAAACCGCACCGUUGCCGAUUACGGUGUAGACAGUUUGAUCGCAGCAGAACUACGCAACUGGUUUAACACUGCUUUCGGAGCCGAUAUCAGCAUGCUUGACCUGCUAGAUACCAGGACAUCUAUGAAGGACUUGGCAGGGAUGAUUGUGGAUGGCGCUCUGGCUUAA